CGGAAGGUAGUUGGAGCCCUUCAUGAGAAGAUGAUUUGCUCCGGAUCGCCAUGACGGCUGUCCCCGGACGCGUGACGGAUCGCCAUGGAGGAUGAUCCAGAGCAGGAUCUCUCCUUGGUGGACGUGGAUGCCGACAGCUUCAGAGUCCUGCAAUCGCACCCCUUUUGCCGAACCUUGCGAAAUCAGGUCGUUCUGGCGAUCUCCCGGGCCUCCAAGCAAUGGGCCUUCACCACCAAGGGUCGCAUCAUCAUCAACGAGAAGGUGAAAUCCGAGAACUCUGGCCUUUGGAUUUUGACCCGGGGCUCGGUGGAGGUCGUCGAAAGCGGGCGGGUGCUUGGUACUCUGGAGGCGGGCUCCAUCUUCGGCGAUGCGGUCGCCUUCGGGCGGUGCGAUCAGCAGCCGUUCUCCAUCCACGCUCGGGAGAUCCCGGUGAUUGCGUGGUGCUGGCCCGCCGUUGAACUCCAGCAACUUCUGAAAGCGCAGCCCAUGGCAAAGGCCAUCAUGGAUCAAUUUGUGGAUCAGCAAGAGAAGCAGCUCCUUCGGCCUCUUGCUUCCAAGCUCAUUAUGCUGUCCCAUGCUGGGCCCGAAUUCACAGAGGAGCUGCUGAACAAGAUGGAGGUGCGACAUUAUCGUGCCUCAAAUACGAUUUGGUCCCCUCUCUCCACUCACGCUAGCAUGCGAGUGGUGAUCACCGGGCGUGUCCUGGUGCAGAAGAAGUCGCCCGAAGACUUCGAGCAGACGGGCUUGGCGGUCUCCCCGAAUGAUCCCAAGGUGGAACGACGGCAGACGGUGCAGCUGGGCGAGCCGCCACCCGCGUCGCUGGUGCGGUCGCCGACCAUCACCCUGGAUCUGGAGCCGCCCAAGUCAAAGCCGUCGAUCCGACCACUGCCGUCGAUCCGACCACUGCAGCGGAUGAGCGAUUGUGCAAACUCACCGAGCAUGACCCUGGCCGGUGGCAAAGCUGCAUUGAUCUCCUCUUUGAGAAAGUCCCUAGCCACCGGCUUCAGCUUCGACCACUUGUAUGACGAGGAUGAAGAAAGUGAAAGUGAACUUGCAGGUUUUGAAGAGGAUGACAUCAUCGAAGAAGCCGAAGACUCGGGACUCAGCAGUAACGCGAGUUCCAGUGGGAGCACGGAUUCAGAGGAAGAUGAGACGAAGCUCUACGAAUUGCCCGAGACCCUGGCGCACCUGGAGCCUUCCAAUGAGGUGGAGGCUAAGGCAGGCCCACAGUGUUUGGCCUUCAAUGAAGCUGUCCUGAUUGGUUACGAGAUGAACGAUCAGGAGAAGUACCGCAACGUCAAAGCACUGACAGACUGCCUGGUGUGUCACAUCUCUGCCGAGUCCUUUCUGGAUGCCCUGCACAACCACCACCGUGAGAUGAAGCGCUUCAAGCUCCUGGCCGCUGCCAGGUACAAAGAAUGGGAACGCUGCGGGAUUCACAAGUUGACAACCUUGGAGGUCUUCUCGAACUGCUCCAGGGAGUUUUUGGCAGAUCUUGCACAGGAGACGGUGCCCCGUUUAUGCUUCAGCGGCACUGAUUUGAUGGAGGAGGCACAGGAUGGCCUUGUGCUGCUGAUGUCCGGCAUUGCGGUCUCAGAUCAGAAGCGGCGAUUCCGAGCGCCGGAUGUGGUGAGCAGCUUCCCAUGGUUGGGGGAGGAGACCCCAGGAGUUGCUGCCAAGGUGAAGGCGAAAGGCGUGUGCCAAGUGCUGACCUUAGAGCGCUCCAAGCUGUUGCGCCUUUUAGGCACUUACCCCCACCAAACUGCGCUGAUUGUGGCGGAGGCCAACAAGAUUAAUGCUCGCAAGGCGCCGAACGCCACCAAAGGUGCACGCAAUGCCCGUGUGGCCAAGAAGGGUGAGGAACCGGGACGCCUCUUCUGGUAUUUCCCCUUUUGUGAGAACUUGGGUGCACUCUUUCUGUCAGAGCUCAUCAACAGUAUGGAGCACUUCAAGCUCAUCCCAGGGCAGCACUUGUUUCGGCUCCACAACUCAUCUGCGGAUUUCAUGGUGGUGAUGAUGAAGGGGAAGGUCAAGGCUGGGGAGAAAGUCCUGGAUGCACCACGGGUGGUCUGCGGCUUCGACCGAUCUGGCUAUGUGGAGACCAUCGCUGAAGAGCUUUGUGAUGUCUACUGCAUGAACUUCGAGCGUUGCCAUCACCUCGUGGGCCUUUGCCCGGACGAGAUCCGGACGUUCUUGACGCGUGUGCAACGCUUUCAAGAACGUUUGGAAUUCAGGCAAGGGAAGGAAUGGUUCAGCGACUCGGAAGUCUUGCUACGGCACGAUCCCUUCGCCGCCUGCCCCGAGCACUUCUUGAAGGGCUGCAGCACCUUUAUGCAGGUCCGCUAUGUCCUGCCUGGAGAGGUCAUCGUACAGGAGGGCGACGUGGUGGAUCACGCGGUGAUUCUCGCCAUGGGCACCGCGCGGAUCCAUCGCCAGACCCGCGCGGGCCUGCGCGGCUGUCCCGAUCGAACGGGAGAAGUUGAAGACAGCUACUUGGUGGGCAGCAUCAGUGGAGCCUUCCGCUUCGCGGGCAUGCAACAGCGACUGGCUACGAUCCAUGCCAUUACGCUCUGCAAGGUGGUGGAGCUCAAGAUCAAUGGGAUCCUGGGAUUGUUAGAUAAAUAUCCAGAUGCCUGCCAGAAGUUCCGCGAGAUCGCCGAGAAGCGCUUCAAAGAACUGGCGCCGGAGCCUUUGGAGGAGCACCCGUUCUUCAAGGGCUUUUCCAAGUCCUUUCUGAACACCUUGCGCACCAAGUGCAACUCUCAAGUCUUUUUCACGGGCGAAACCAUCAUCAAGCAAGGCGACACGGCAGAGAGUAUGAUCAUCAUUUCUCCCAGUUCCGUGGUGACUUUGUUCGUGGACGCGCGGAAGCUGAAGGAUCUCCACGGAGGUUGUACUUUGGGUGUGCAAUCCAUCUUAUCCGCCAAACCCGCCAAGCGCUUCGCCACGAUCGUGGCCAUGAACGCCUGCGUCGUGCAGAAGCUCACGCGCAAGGACUGGCUGGAUACCUUGAAGAGCCACGCUGAGCAUCGCUUUUGGAUCGGCGACUUUGUGAAGGAACAACUGCAAGUGGCCAACGAGCAGGCUCAAGAGACCAUCCGGAAGUACCGCUGGCAGAAGAUCAAGGAGCGCGAAGGUGCUGCGAUGAAGCUUCACAGGGAGCGCACCCUGAGUCGCUACAGGCCAAAGCCACCGAGCCCGAGCUCUGUGCAGCCGGAAGGAGGGCCAGCUGUGAACCUAGUAGAGGAGGAGGAGGACGAAGUGGAACGAUGGCCGUGCUUCAACGGGCAAGAGGCGGUGGUGCCUCACACGCGAUUGCCCACCUUGGUCCCUUGCAUCGAAGCCAGAGAAGAUGAGGAGCCGGUGGCCCCAGUACGCUCCGCCUUGCGCCGCAUGAGCGACGUGGCCAAGAGCCUGCGCUUCACCAGGGGCUCUGGACAACGAAGAAGCGUCCUGGGAGAGUUGCCACAACUGGAUAACAUGCCCACCAUCAGCCAUAACAGCUGGCUGGAUGCCCAGGAUGCCUUCGGCCUGAUCCAGCUUCCAGACGAAAGCUCUGGGGCCUAACAGGUUGCAGCCAAAAAGUGGGCGAAAUGUGGCUUGCGCCUGCACGAUGUGACAUGUUUGGUUGAAGGACAACAUGCGA